AUGACAGGGUUAACGUACAUCGGACGCUAUGUAGCCCCGUGGUCUGGCUCCCAGACUGCCUUCCGGAACCUGUCGGUCGCGCGGUAUAUUCUCGACACUCUUGGUCUGUUAUAUCAUGGCUCGGCCGCCGGUGUCUUAUCAUCCGGGCGAAACGUCUCGCCAGAGAUCCCCGUCAAUCACGAGUUCCGGUACACCCUCCUUCCACCUGAUUAUACGCCGGAUUGCGCUGGAACCGCCGGUUCUGCCCUUCCUCUUUCCGCAUCCGCAGUAUCAACGAUUCCCCCAACGUGGCUCGGCCGUUGCGCACGCUUUGUCCCCCGAAAGGUAUCUAGUGUCCUCGGACGCAAAGGCACAGACUGA